GUGCCUACCUCGUAACAUGGUGGCCAUCGGUGCAUCGAACCGUCGCGGUGGUGUUGGUGAUGCCUCCAGGGGUAUAUAUACGACGAGCGCUGCGGGGCUUGAUAAACACUUGCCCAUCAGCGAUUACCGCCGCAGCAUGUACACGUCAUUGGUAGCCUUGAUCGCGCUGGCGGUCUGCGCCUUAGCGGCCCCCGCCGAAGACGUGAUCCCGAUCGUCAGCCAGAGUCAGGAGGGCCCGAACCCGGAUGGCUCGUACAAGUGGAGCUACGAGAGCGGCAACGGCAUCAAGGCCGAGGAGGAGGGCCAUCUAGAGGACGCCGGCAGCGAGAACGAGGCGAUGUCCGCGCAGGGCGCCUUCAGCUACCCGAGCGACGACGGCCAGUCGAUCUCGCUGACGUACGUGGCCGACAAGAACGGCUUCCAGCCGGUAGGCGCGCACCUGCCCACCACCCCGGAAAUCCCGGCGCUCAUACAGAGGGCCCUCGAGUGGAACGCGGCGCAUCCGUCCAAGGAUGACGAGAACCAGGUGUAACGACGCGCCGCCGUCCACUAUGUGAUCUCACGAUCUCACGUAAUUAUUCACGCCACAAUGGAAGACGAUCUACGGUACAUACCGAUCGAGCCGGAUAACGAUUACGAUGAUGACGACGAUGACGACGAUAAGUGUUGCUGCCGACCGCGAAAGUCCUCGCCCACGAACGGAUUGCUCUGGUUCAAGUUGUGUUGUAAAUAUUUAUUAUACGCCUACGAUAUACUGCAUAUAUAUACAUACAUAUAUAUAUAUAUAUUAUAUUUUAUUAUAUAUUAUAUCGUGUAUUUUGAUAUAUAUAGAUGAUAUAUAUAUAGAAAACACGAGCACACCACAUACACAAACACACACACACACACACAUGUACAUGUACCACGAUCGACCGUGUGAUUGACUUGUCGUCAGGGUAUAUGUCACGGUGCAUUGAGAAUAAACGUUGCAUCCCAGGAGA